AGCAGCUUAAUACGCCGCUCAGUCUUCAACGGUAGCUGCUUUUACAAUCUCUCUCUCUCUCUCUCUCCAAUCCGCUAAGACACACAAACCCUUUCUUAAUUCUCCAUUCAAAUCAAACCAUGAUCUUCAGAUAGCAUCACAUCAUCACACUCAGCUUCCAAAACCAAAAAGGAAAAAAGUCUCUCAUUAGCGGUUACCAAUCCCCCUAAAAAGAAAAAAAGAAAGUUGCUGAAGUUGCGUUGAUUUGAAGAAGGGUUAUCAAUCAUAGAUGGAUAGUAGCAGUGGAAUUGAGAGCAAUGGGCGUGUGCCACUUUCAGGGGUUGUUGCAGAUUGUGUGAAACGGUGGUUCAGAGACACUCUGAAAGAAGCUAAAGCUGGGGACAUAAACAUGCAGGUCUUGGUAGGUCAGAUGUAUUACAGUGGUUAUGGUGUUCCCAGAGAUGACCAGAAGGGUAAAAUUUGGUUGACUAGAGCAUCGAGGGUUAGAUCUUCAGUUUGGAAAGUUGGUGAUAAGCAUCCAGGUUAUAAUGCAAGUGAUUCUGAUUCUGAUGAAUUGAAGGAAGAUUCUUAAACACACUAAAUGCCUAACAUUUGAAUGGUAUGCAUGCCAGGCACCUCGCUUUGUAACAACCAUCAUGGAUGUUAUUGCUACUUAACAGUUCUAUUUGGGUUUCUGAUGUUUGUUUGAUUUUACAAACUUCUGUUUUAACGUCUAGAUCUCACUAGGUUGGACUUGGUAUAUCACGCAUUAAAAUAAUCUAUGGUAUAGAUUUGAACCAUGAAAGAGUAGCAUCCACCAUCGUUCAAAUAAUCAUACGAUUGGAUUACUUUAAUACAUGAUAUAGUAAGUUUUGUUCGGUGUAUCAUAGCAGUGUUCUUUGUUUCUAUGACCUAUAGAAAAGGCAACAUUGUUACUUUUUGUACAAGUUGUUGCUUGGUAAUUGAAGGUAUUUUUCUUAAUCCUCUCGUUGUAUCAUAACAAAUGUAAGAUGAUCGUACAUAAUAACAUGAUAAUUUAUUUUCUUUUUGA